AUGUCCACCCUAGAAGUCGCCCAGCUUUUGGAAAACACUAUUUUAAAUGUUGAUCCAACAGUUCGUUUACAAUCAGAAACCACGUUACGGAGAUUGUGUAAUGAAAAUUUUUUACAAUUUGCGGGAAUAUUAUCCCAAAUUAUAAAUGACGAAACUGUUAAAGAAGAAGCACGUAUAUUAUCCGCCUUAACAUUGAAAAAUGAGUUGACUAGUAAAGAUUCUAUUAAGAAACAACAGUUUGCAACACGUUGGAUCACUCAAGUUGAUGAUCCUUCCAAGGUUCAUAUCAGAAUGUUUGCUUUAAAGGGCUUGGUUUGUAAUUCUUACCGUGUAGCAAAUGCAAGCGCACAAUUAGUUGCUGCUAUUGCAGAUAUCGAUUUAUCUAGAGGAGAAUGGCCUGAUUUAAUGAAAAUAAUGGUUGAUAACACACAAUCAUCCCAACCGGAAAAUAUCAAAAGGGCUUCUUUAUUGGCCUUGGGCUACAUUUGUGAAAGUUUUGAUGCAGGAAAUGAAGUUUUAAUAUCUCAAUCCAAUAACAUUUUGAUUGCUAUUGUUCAAGGUGCCCAAUCUUCCGAAACUUCUAAAGUUGUAAGGCUAACUGCUUUGAAUGCCUUGGCGGAUUCUUUAAGUUUUAUCAAAAAUAAUAUGGAUCGCGACGGAGAAAGAAACUAUUUGAUGCAAGUUGUUUGCGAGGCCACCCAAGCUGAGGAUUCCGAAAUACAAGUUGCCGCUUUUGGUUGUUUAAGCAAAAUUAUGUCUUUAUAUUAUGUCUAUAUGAAAUUAUACAUGGAACAAGCCUUGUAUGGAUUAACUUUAACCACAAUGCAAUCUGCUGAUGAAAAAGUUGCAUCUAUGGCUGUUGAAUUUUGGUCUACUAUUUGUGAAGAAGAAAUUGAUAUUGCCUACGAGAUUGCUCAAUACCCUGAGUCACCACUACAAAACUAUAACUUUGCAUUAAACUCCAUAAAAGACGUUUUGCCAACUAUUUUGAAUUUAUUGACUAAGCAGAAUGAAGAUCCAGAAGAUGAUGAUUGGAACGUCAGCAUGAGUGCCGGUGCUUGCCUACAACUAUACGCCCAAAAUUGUGGCAAUUAUAUUGUUGAACCUGUGCUACACUUUGUUGAGCAAAACAUUGCAAGCGAUAAUUGGAGACAGCGCGAAGCUGCCGUUAUGGCUUUUGGAUCCAUCUUAGACGGCCCAGAUAAGACCCAAUUGGCCAAUUUAAUUCAUCAAGCUUUACCACCUAUCUUGAACUUGAUUAAAGACGAGUCUUUGCAAGUUAAAGAAACUGUUGCUUGGUGCUUAGGUAGAAUUGCGGACUUGGUUAUUUUUAGUAUUGAUACACAGGAACACUUACCAAAUGUUAUUCAAGCUUGUUUGAUUGGAUUGCAGGACCACCCCAAGGUUAUCACCAAUUCUGCUUGGACUAUUAUCAACUUGGUUGAGCAGCUAACUGCUGCUAAUGACAAUUCCUCAGUUUUGGCCAUUUAUAAUUUUUACCCCGUUUUGAUUGAUAGUCUAUUAAAGGUUUGUAACAGGCCAGAUAAUGAUUUUAAUUGCCGUGCAUCCGCUUACAGUGCAUUGUCUACCUUGGUUCAAUGCUCAUCUGAACAAGUGCUUGAAUCUAUUACUUCGGUAUCAUCAUUUGUCUUGGACAAGUUGGGACAAACUAUGACCUUUGAUGUUGGGAACUUAACUACCGUUGAUAAACAGAAUUUAGAGGAACUACAAUCCAAUGUUUUAACGGUUUUGUCGUCUUGUAUUUUGAAAAACCCGAGCCAAGUUAGUGGUGUAUCUGACUUGCUUAUGGAAUUAUUUUUAAAAUUAUUAAGUAAGGGUGACACCACUUAUGUGGAAGAUGAUGUAUUUUUUUGUAUUUCUGCAUUAGCGAUAGCAUUGGGCCCUGAUUUUGAAAAAUAUUUGGAAAAGUUUUCGCCCUUUUUGUUGAGUGCUUUAAACCAGGUCUCUUCCCAAAUAUCAAUUACUGCUGUUGGAUUAAUAGCUGACAUCUCUAAUUCUUUGGGUGAUUCUUUUAAGAAAUUUGCACCGGAUUUCAUGAACGUUUUGGGUCAGAUGAUUAGUGCUCCGGAUUCUAAAAAAGAGUUGAAACCUGCUGUUUUAGCCGUCUUUGGUGAUAUUGCUACUAACAUCGGCACUGAUUUUGUUCCAUAUUUAGAUCAAGUCAUGGCUUUAUGUGUAGCUGCCCAGAACAGUACACCGGAAAACUCUUCUUUAGAAGCUUUAGAUUAUAAUCUAAGAGUUCAUGAAGCUGUAUUAGAUGCUUACGUUGGUUGUGUAGCUGGUUUAGCUGAUGCUCCAAAAGCUUUGUUUCCAUACGUUGGUACUAUUUUCCAAUUCCUACAGUACUUGGCUGAAGAGCCUGCUUUAAAUGUUGUAGACUCUACUGCAAGAGCUGCUGUUGGUUUAAUUGGUGAUAUUGCUGCAAUGUUUCCAGGAGGUGAAAUUAAACAAUUUUAUGGUCAACCUUGGGUUGAUGAAUUUAUUAAGAACACAAGAUCUAACAAGAAUUUUAAACAAAGUACAAGAGAUACUGCUAAAUGGUCAAGGGAACAACAAAAAUUACAAUUAUCUUUAUGA